AUGCCUACACCAGAGUCCGCAUCCUUCCUAAAGGCGAAGCCGACGGUUCCUCCUACCUUUCAUAAUGUCGACAUGAAAGACCAUGCCGCCGUCGUUGACGCGCGCGAUGCCAUUGUUCGAGAGCAGUGGGUGCAGAUCAUGAUGAAGCGACUGGUGGGCGAGGAGCUGGGCAAGUGCUACAGAAAAGAGGGCGUCAAUCAUCUUGAGAAAUGUGGGAAAUACAGAGAUCGAUACUUGCAGUUAUUGAAGGAGAACAAAGAGAGGGGUUAUAUGGGCCAGCAAUUCAACUACAUUCCCGGUGUGGAUGGGCCGGAAGGCGGUCCAGAGAUCAAGACAAACUUCCCAACACCGCAGCAGGCAUUGGGUUCGAAGGGCACGGAUCAUCGGAAGGGAAACACCAGUGGCGAUGGCGGCAAUACCUUGUACUAG